UUCCCACGCGCACGUUGUUUUUCUUGAAAUUAAACAAAAUAAAAUGAAUUUACCGGAGAAAAUGGACGUGCCCAAGGAUCAGCUGCGUCAGAUGAACUGCGAGUUCAAUCCUUUGUCCCGCUGCGAUGGCUCUGUGAUGUACACCCAGGGUGCCACAGUGGUUAUAGCCGCCGUGCUGGGACCCAUCGAGGUGAAGACCCAGAACCUGAGCAUAGAUGGCAGCUACCUGGAGUGCAAUUAUCGGCCCAAGGCGGGUCUUCCUCAGGUGAAGGAGCGCAUUCGAGAGGCGACCAUUCGGGAUGUCCUGGAAUUGGCGCUCCUGGCCGAGGCCCAUCCGCAUGCCAAGAUGUCGGUGCAGGUGCAGGAGCUAGAGGAUCGUGGCAGUAUCGACGCCUGUGCCGUGAAUUCCGCCUGCCUAGCCAUGCUCAUUGGUGGCCUGCCCCUAAAAUUUAGCUUUGCGGCGGUGCACUGCAUUAUCAACGAUCAGGGAGAUUAUGUCCUGGAUCCAGACCAGAGUGAGACCUUCCACCAACGCGCCAGCUUCACAUUCGCCUUUGAUUCCGUCGACGGAGACCUGUUGCUGGUGCAGACCAAGGGAUCCUUUAAAAUAGCCCAGUUCAAUGACAUCGAGUGCCUGUGCCGGGCUGCGAGUGCGCAGAUCUUUCAGUUCUAUCGCAGCCAGAUAGCCAAGUACCACGGCCGGAGCGAAGCGAUAGCGGAAAAGGUGAAGGAGCAGCCGGAAGCAAUGGAGGCGUGAGGAAAACCACAGAAUAAGUUACGAUUAAAGUUUGAUUUAUUGCGUAAA